AUGGCCGACGAGAAACCCAAGGGAGUCAAGACUGAGAACAACGAUCAUAUUAAUUUGAAGGUGGCGGGGCAGGAUGGUUCUGUGGUGCAGUUUAAGAUUAAAAGGCAUGCGCCACUUAGCAAACUAAUGAAAGCCUAUUGUGAACGACAGGACCCACCUGCCCAGUUGGAAAUGGAGGACGAAGAUACAAUGGAUGUGUUCCAGUAG